AUGAGUACUUUCUUGUCUUCCACUCGAUUCAGUCGACUUCUUCUUCUUCAUCGCUUCAUAAACCCUAAACCGUUUUCUUCACAGUCUCGGUUUCCCAAUCAGCUGGAUAAUAAUCGGAGUCGAGACACCGAUUCCACUAAUGAAACCAUCUCAGAGCUACAAUUUCCCCAUAAAACCUCUGCACGGGAUCCUUUACCUUUGAUUUCAACCUCGGAGCUUGAGAAUCAGAGCGAUGGUGUGGACGACGCUCGUGUAAUCGAAGUGCUUCUAGGUCGUAGGAACGACCCAGUCUCGGCUCUUCAAUACUGCAAUUGGGUCAAGCCUUUGAGUCGAAUCUGCGAAGGUGGUGAUGUUUUCUGGGUACUUAUUCAUAUUCUUGUUACUUCUCCUCAGACUUACGAUCGAGCUAGCAAUUUGCUCGUUCUCUUCGUUUCGAGCAAUCCAAAUCUAAUUCCAAGCUUAAUGGUUAACAAUUUAGUCGAUUCGGCUCAAAGGUUUGGUUUUGGAAUCGAUUCACGAGUUUUCAAUUACUUGUUGAAUGCUUAUAUACGAAAUAGAAGAACAGAUUAUGCUGUAGAUUGCUUUGGUUUGAUGAUCGAACGAAAUGUGAUUCCUUUUGUGCCAUAUGUGAACAAUGUUUUAAGCUCUUUAGUUCGAAGUAAUUCGAUAAGUGAAGCUAAGGAGAUUUAUAAUAAGAUGGUUGGUAUUGGUGUUGCUGGUGAUAAUGUUACUACGCAGUUGUUGAUGAGAGCUUGUUUGAGAGAACGAAAGCCGAAAGAGGCUGUGAAAAUCUUUAGGAGAGUGACGAGUAGAGGAGCAGAAUUAGAUAGUUUACUGUAUAGUCUUGCUAUUCUAGCUGCUUGUAAGAUGCCGGAUUUGGUUAUGGCUUUGGAUUUGUUGAGAGAAAUGAGAGAGAAGUUGAGAGUCCCGGCCUCGCAGGAAACAUAUACUAGCGUGAUUGUGGCUUCUGUGAAGGAAGGUAAUAUGGAGGAGGCUGUGAAGGUUAAGGAUGAGAUGAUUGGUUUUGGGAUACCGAUGAGUGUGAUUGCUGCAACAAGUUUAGUUACUGGAUAUUGCAAGGGAAAUGAGUUGGGUAAGGCUUUGGAUUUGUUUAAUAAAAUGGAGGAGGAAGGGCUUGCUCCAGACAGAGUUAUGUUUUCGGUUAUCACAGAAUGGUUUUGUCGGUAUGAGAAGAUUGAAAAAGCUGUUGAGAUUUACAAAAGGAUGAAAGCUGCAGGGAUUACUCCUUCAUCUGUUCUUGUCCACACGAUAAUGAACGGGUGUUUGAAAGCCGAGUCACCUGAAGUGGCACUUGAAAUCUUUAAUGACUGUUUCGAUACCGGGCUUGCGCACAGUUUCAUGUGUAACAAGAUUUUGUCAUUGCUAUGCAAGCAGGGUAAGAUCGAUGCAGCGACAAGCUUAUUGGAGAUGAUGGAAAAUAAAGGGAUUGAGCCUAAUAUAGUUUCUUGUAAUAACAUGAUGCUUGCUCAUUGCAGAACGAAAAACAUGGGCUUGGCUUGUUUGAUAUUUUCGGUUAUGCUGGAAAAGGGUCUAGAGCCGAAUAACUUCACUUAUUCCAUCUUGAUUGAUGGUUGUUUCAAGAAUCAGGAUGAGCAAAGUGCUUGGGAUGUCAUUAAUCAGAUGGUUUCUUCCAAUUUCGAAGCUAGUGAAGUUGUAUAUAACACGAUCAUCAAUGGCUUGUGCAAAGUUGGUCAGACAUCUAAAGCAAGAGAGAUGUUGCAAGAUUUGAUCAAAGAAAAGCGUUGUUCCAUGAGUUGCACGAGUUACAAUAGCAUCAUAGAUGGAUUUUUCAGAGAAGGUGAAACCGAUUCUGCUGUUGAAACUUACAGAGAGAUGAAUGAAAACGGUAUCUCCCUGGAUGUUGUAACCUUCACCAGCUUGAUCAAUGGAUUCUGUAAAAUUGACAGAAUGGAUCUAGCUCUUGAAACGAGACAAGAAAUGAAAAGCAAGGAUCUGAAACUCGAUAUUCCAGCCUAUUGUGCUCUAAUAGAUGGAUUCUGUAAAAAGCAGGACAUGAAAACCGCAUAUUCUCUGUUCUCUGAACUCCUGGAACGAGGAUUGAUUCCAAAUGUGUCUGUCUACAAUAGUUUGAUUUCAGGAUUCCGUAAUGUGGGAAACAUGAAUGCAGCAAUUGACAUGUACAAGAAAAUGGUGAAUGAUGGAAUACGUUGUGAUCUUUUUACGUAUACAACUCUGAUCGAUGGGUUGUUAAAAGACGGAAAUCUAAUCUUUGCCUCUGAUUUGUACUCAGAGGUGGUUGCUUCGGGUCUCGCCCCUGAUGAAAUCUUGUACACGGUACUUGUCAACGGGCUUAGCAAGAAGGGACAGUUUGUGAAAGCAAGCAAGAUGUUAGAAGAGAUGAAGAAGAAAGAUGUGACUCCAAAUGUGCUUAUUUAUAGUACAGUUAUCGCAGGACAUUAUAGAGAAGGAAAUCUCGAUGAGGCUUUUAGACUUCAUGCUGAGAUGCUUGAGAAAGGUAUUGUACACGAUGAUACUAUAUUUAGUAUACUCGUGAGUGGACAAGUUGCAAAACCUCCUGCUGCAGAUAGGAUUAUCAGCUUGGCUCCUCCUGAGACGAGGUCUAGCUGCUAA